AUGGUUCGUAUGCUGCGCUCUGCGGGAACUUCGGCCGAGGUUGUGGCAGCCUGCCGGCACUUUCGUUGCCAGGCCUGCUCCGAACGACAACGACCACCACAGCCCUCUACAACCACCACGGCACCACCUUACCGCUUCAACCACCAGGUGAUCUGUGACGCGUUUGAGGUGGUUGAUGCCAGUGGCCAGAAGCACACCAUUUUGAGCCUGGUGGACAGUGGGACGAAGUUCCACGUUGUGGACCAGGGUGUUCACAACAAAGGACAAGUGGCCUCGCUCAUGCGGGCGCAUGGUGUGGAGAUCCGGCAAGCUGGCCGGCAAGCACCAUGGCAAAUUGGCCGUGGUGAAAGGCAUGGUGGCAUCUUGAAGGCCAUGGUGAAGCGGCUGGUCACGGCUCACCAGCUUGCAGGUGAUUUCGCUAUUGCGGCGGCCGUCACCCAAAGCGCUGCCGUCAAGAACGGGAUGUACAACCAUGAUGGGUAUGUACCUUCUCAGUGGGUCCUGGGGCGGCUGCCCCACGAUGUCACCUCUCUUCUUGGCGAAAAUGAGACGGAGCAUUUGGGACCCCAGCAAGAGGCCUUGGACCCCGAGACCAUCUAUGGCAAGACGAUGCAGAUACGACAGUGGGCCAAGGAGUGCUUCAUCUACCUGGACAGCAGCCAGCGCAUUCGCCGUGCCAUGCUCCGACAGGCUCACCCUGUGAGAGGGCCGUACCAGACAGGAGACCUGGUUUCCUACCACCGGCGAGGGCGUUGGUAUGGGCCAGCUAGGGUCCUAUCACAUGAAGGCAAGAGCUCCUUGUGGUUGGUGCACGGUGGCAUGACACUACUGGUGGCCGAGACCACCAUACGCCCGGCCACGACGGAGGAGAUCCAAAGGAAACAGGCACUGACUAUGUGGCCGAGUUGGGUGCGGAGGUCAGCUAAGCGCAAAUAUGAGGACCUCCUUCUUGGCGAAGAAGAGGACCUGCCCUUCGAGGAGGAGACCGCGGACUUUGACGGCGCCACGCAGGUUCCUUACUUUGACUUCGCGCAACCUCCGCCCACAGAACAACAACAACAAGCUACAGGUGAGAACACCGGAGCCACGGAUGAUGUGACACAGGGACCGGCACCGGACCGACAGGUGACUCAGCCUGAGCAGGAGCCGGUGGAGACGGUGAAGCAAGGAGCAGGACGGGAGUUGAACUACCAGAAGGCGAGCCCGGAGCUUAAGAAAGGCCUUGACGCCAGUCGACAGAAGGAGUGGAGCAACUGGCAGAAGUACACCAACAUGCAGAAGAUUACCAAGGACGAGUUCAACGAGAUGAAGCGGCAGGACAGCACCCUGCGCAUCAUUCCCACUAGGUGGGUUGACACCGACAAGGCCGAAGCCGGCCAACCUCAGAAGUUGAAGAGCCGCUUUGUUGUCAGGGGCGACCUGGAGGAUUCGAGUUCUAUGCGGACCGACUCGCCAACGGGCUCACAGGUCGCCAUGGGCAUCCUUCUGAGCUAUGGCGCGGCCACGCGCAAGACGAUCAAGUCGGGCGACAUCUCGGCGGCCUUCCUUCAAGGGUCUGAACUGGACCGCAAGCUCAUUUUGAGCAUGCCGAAGGGCGCGCCUCCCGAGGGCAUGGAGGAGGAUGACUUGGUGAUUGUUUCCACCACGGUGUACGGAACCAAGGAUGCACCGCGGGGCUGGUUCAAGAACUUGGACACCACGCUGCGCGGGUACCAGCUGCGCCGCGUCCCUCUGGAGCCGGGCUUCUACGUGCUCAAUGGACACACCGAGGACCACGGCGACUAUGACUAUGUGAAGGGACUGCUUUUGGUGCAUGUCGAUGACCUGCUGUGGGUUGGCGACAACGACAUGGAGGACGUGAUGAGAAAGGUGCAGCAACAGUACCGCUUUGGUUCGACCGACGAAGCCAGCUUCAAAUUUUGUGGCAGAUGGCUGAAACAAGACACCAAUGGCAUCGAGGUCAGCUGCCCUGACUUGAUCACUCGGGUCAGACCGGUGCACCUGGAACCUCGACGACGAGGUCAGCGAGACACCGCGGCCACCGAACAGGAAAGGUCGCAGCUACGUUCGGUGGUUGGUUCUUUGAACUGGUUAGUGCGUGUGUGCCGGCCCGACCUGGCAUACUCUGUGGCACGACUGCAGACGGCCGUUAGCAAACCGCUCGUCCAGGACCUGCUGGACGCAAACAACCUGGUGAAGUACGCGGCCAAAACCCGACACCGGGGCAUCCUCUACCCAGCCGGCAAGUUGAACUUCAAGGACCUCGCUCUUAUCGCGGUCCAGGAUGCUUCCUAUGCUGCGGACUACGACACCAGUGCCUCUGGGCGAAAACUUGGCUACAGAAGCCAAAGUGGGCGCGUACUUUGUCUGGCAAGCCGGGACUACUUGGACAACCUCGAGGGCCACCUUUACCCGAUCGAGUGGCACUCGACUGUCAUCCGGAGAGUGUGCAAGUCCACAUUACAAGCAGAAAGUCUUUCGCUUCAACUUGGGGCAGCCGAAGCUGAGCACGCGCGAGCUGUGCUCCACGGCCUUCUCGAGCCGGGCGGCAAGAUGGAUGCUACCGCGUGGACCAUGGCUGCUCAGGACCGCACACCUGUGGUUUGGGUCACGGACUGCAUGAGCCUUAAGGAGCACCUUUUGUGCCCAUCCUCGACCACCGUAAGUGACAAACGACUGGCCAUCGACCUCAGCUCCUUACGGCAAGAACUCUGGCGUGAAGAUGGCCAAGAUGUCGGGGAUCCUCUGUUCCGUGAUUUUCCUCCGGAAGAUGCCAAGACCCAGAUCCUGUGGACUUCCACGGAUCGGAUGCUAGCGGAUGCGCUAACCAAGCGUAUCUCGGAGCAUGGACCGCUUUUAACCAUGAUGUCGGGUGAG